AUGACCGAUUCGUCGCCGAAAGAUGGCUUGCAAAUCAUUCUGCAGACAAUGCGCCAUCAAUCCGAUGUGCAGAAAGCAGGGGAAGACUGGGCUGGUGUCACCCGCACAGAUCAGAGGAGGAUGCUGCAGAAUCGUCUCAAUCAGAGAGCCUAUCGAAGAAAGCGGAGGGAAAAGAACUGCUCCGAAUCAAUUCUUGCAGCCUCAACCUGCACGACAACACCACCGGAAGAGCUGCAGAGCGAGCAAAAUGCAGAAUAUAGAGUGGCUACACAGCUUCAACUAGUCCAGCAAAUUACUAGUCAAGCUUAUGAAGAAUACUUGGGACAUAACAUCCGUCCGGAGCGACUCAUCAGCGUAUUACAGCUCAACGUCUUCGAUGCCUUAACGGGUAACGCCGCAGCCCUCGGUCUGGGAAUGCUCUGGUUGGUUUGUGAUGCUGUUUCACCCCUUGGUCAGUACGGUUUCUGUUUAGCAGAGCAUUCAAGUUCCCAGACUGCCAUGUGCCCCAAAAGUCUGAUUCCGACGGCAUCACAAACUUCGGCACAUCACCAUCCUUGGGUUGACGUGUUGCCAUGGCCUGAGCUACGAGACAAAAUUCUUCUACUCUCAGCCAACGAGCUGAUCGACGAGGACGAGCUGUGGUACGACAUGGUAGAGUUCGAUACGAAAAAGAGUUAUGACAACGCUUCUUUGAUCGUCUGGGGGAAUCCGUGGGAUCCGCGCGGCUGGGAGGUUAGUACUGGGUUUUUGCGCAAAUGGGGCUGGCUUAUCAAAUGCUGUCCUGAAAUUCUUGACGCCACAAACUACUGGCGCGCUCGAAGGGAGGCGUUCACUACACGCAUGAAGCGCUUAGCCUGGACCAUGGUUCUCAUGAAGCCUCAACAGCCACAUUUACUUAAUAUGAUCAGCCAAGAAACCAAAACUAACUUCCUACCCUCGGAUGUUCGCACUUUUACCAAAAUUGUCUGCAGCGGUGAUGCGGAUGUUCGGCCAAACACUCAUCGGACCGGACAAUGGUAUUCUCCGCCGCUUGAUUAUGGACGAUUAAACUUAGUGAUAGCGCUGAAGUUGCGCAUAACUGGAAACCCAAGGAGAUUCACGGCGGUCGAAGACAUAUUCGCUUCCGAGGGACGUGAGGCCAUCAAAUAUAAAAGCAAGGUCGCGAUGUCAACUCAACAACAAUCACUAAAAGACUGGGUCACCGAACUCAACGAUACAAUGUUCAUCCAACCUGAUGACGAGAUCGCCCUCAAAACAGUCCACGAGCAUGUUGCUCCAAGCUUAGUCGUCAAAAUCAAUCACGCUGUGUACACCUACGAUCAGUUUCUUCCAGGACUCCAAUACGCUCGCAACUCUGCAACAUCAAUUCAAGAUUCAUUCGAUGUUAUUCUUGAUUGCGAGGAUCCAGAAAAGGGGGAUGGUGUUGUGGCUGUUUUGAGUAAGUGGACGACCAAAGAGAAGGCAUCGGGUAAGGAGACGACAAAGACGAAUGUUAUUUUGUGGGAGGUUAAGGUUGUUGAUGGCAAGAGAAAACUUACCGGGCAGACCGAGGUGGAGGUUGAGGGGAAAUAA